ACUAGGUAACCUCUCCUGGAGGCUUGGAUGUCAAGUUCUUGAGAUGGCGGCUGUAAGUGCAGCCUGUGCUUCAUCAAAUCAAAUCUAAAUCGCUGUUUCUCAGAGUGAUUGUGGAAUAAUCUGAAACCAUGGAAUUUGCAACCAUCAACGUCUGAACCUCGUCAUGCUUCAUACCCAAAGAUGUCAUCCAAAAGGUUGCGGCGUGUUCCUGGAAUACGAUCCGAGGUGGUGGAAAGACUAGCAAAGCAUCAGAUAGUCACUUGCAAGGAUUUGCUUCAGAGAAACCACUUGGAACUUCUCAAGUUUACUGGAUCAAGUUAUCAAGAAGUUAUAGAAAUUCAGAGAGCUGUUGGUAAAGCCAUCGUUCCCAAGGUGCAAACAGCCCUUGCCUUGUUUCAAAGAUCAAACAGUCAGAAAUCAUUUCUUCCAACUUCACUUGGUGAUCUUGAUUUGGCACUGCACGGAGGGCUGAGUUGUGGUACAAUCACAGAAAUAGCAGGCCCAGCAGGAUGUGGUAAAACACAGUUCUGUAUCAUGCUUAGUGUGCUGGCCACCCUACCUUAUGACAGAGGUGGACUGGAUGGCAGUGUUAUCUACAUUGACACAGAGGCAGCAUUCAGUGCAACAAGAUUGAUUGAAAUGGCAUCCAGUCGGUUUUCAGAUCUUUUCAACUCAAAUGAGUCACUGUUUCAUCUGUCAGAGAGGAUACAUGUGUGCUGGGAAUCUACCUGUAGCUCAUUAUGGGAUAGGCUUCAGAGACUUGAAGAGGAGGUUAUUUCUAAACGUGUAAAGCUCGUCAUUCUGGACUCCGUCGCUUCGCUUGUAAGGAAGGAAUUUGACAGCAGGCUGUUCAGGAACUUGAACGAAAGAACAGCGCUUCUUUCCAAAGAAGCGGCCAUUUUAAAAUAUAUUGCUGAGACGUUCCAUAUUCCGGUUGUCGUUACUAAUCAAAUCACUACUCGUUUCAUUGGUGCGGGGACUUCCAGUGGAAACGAGGGUUUCCAGGACGUCGACGGCGCAGACGUUGAGCCCGAGGAGGACGAUGGUAGUCACGUGACCGCUGCGUUAGGUAACACGUGGUCACAUGCGGUGAAUACUCGUCUGAUUGUACAGUAUUUGGACGAAAGAUUUCGUCAGGUUCUGAUUUCCAAGUCUCCAGUGGCGCCGUUUGCAUCGUUUGUUUACACGAUACACGCUCAAGGAUUAGUUUUGGAACGUCAAGAUACGAACUUGAAUCGCCAUGGUCUUGGUGGAAAUCCCUCUUUGCAGCCUAUCCAGGUUCGUUCUGCCUUCUGACCGAAGCGGUAACACAUUCUCCUACUGGGAAGUUUAUUGGUGAUCUUUGCUGUACCAUCCUGCAAUAGCAUAACCAGCGACAUGAGCUCGUCAUCGCUUUGAGAAAGAUAUCUCAUGAACCCUUUUUUUUCCGGCAACACGUAACUGAUAGGUAGCUGCAAAAUGUUUCUGUUGAGAGUCUUCUGAGACUCCGCAGUACGCUUCUGUGUCUCUGUUUUUUCGGAAAGGCUCAAGAAUUUUAAUUCUCACUAUUUUCUCGAUCGCGUAGCCCCAUUUAAGAUUAGAAAUGCUAUGUAGUUCUUUCCCUGAGGUAUAUUUAUAUUUCGUUCGAUUCCAGUUCAAAGAUAUUUGGCCUUGGACAGUUUUAACACUGUAGACUAUUUAAUAGACUCUUUCUUGUGUGGACGUAAUUUUUUUUAAGAAUUGCUUGAUCAGUGGUUUUGAACCAUACACAAAGGAGAGUACUCUCGAAAGUUAGGACAAUCGGUCAGACAAAUUGCUCGUCAUUUUAAUAAAGUGCCAUAUCUCAGAAUUCUAUCAUAUCACGUAUUUAUUAUAUCGAAAGAAAGGUCUUCGUAUGUUUCUAAGGUUUAUAUUACGCAAUUGAAUUGUCACCUCGCAGGAAACUCUUCAAAAUAGCGCAAGACACAUACCUAAUUCGUGACUGAGAGUAUAUCAGCGUCUCUCUCUCUCGAAAGUAACUUUAAUUCGAAAUUUAAGCUCUAGUUAAGAACUCCAUAACAUGAAUAUGCCUGUCAUUGUGAGAUUGCCUUGUCUCAGGUUUUCAAAGUUUAUAUUUGCCAAGAUAUUUUAUCGCCCCUCUCCUAGUACGAAUAUAAUUCGUUCACGCUCUACCAAACGAUAGCGGAAGAGUUGCAUGGAUACCAUAAACUGUCGCCGAUACAAAGCUUAUAAAGAGAGGGGCUGAUAUACCAGGGGGCUUGUAACCGGAGGGGCUUCUAAACGGAGGAGUUUAUAUCCCAGGGGGCUCAUAAACGGAAUGGAAAGAGCGCUUCGCAACAUGCUAUAGAAGUACUGAUCAAAAGAGGUUUUGCAUUUACUGCUUCAUAAUUGAACUUCAAAACGUCCUAAUAACUUGAAUUCAUUUCAAUACAUUUGGAACAGAAUUAAAGCCAACAAAACAUAUUUUUCUGAACGAAUUUUUCAAAUUUUUCAAAUUUUCACAAGAAAAGCUAGAGGGAUCCGGGGGGAGCCGGGGAUGAUAAUCUCCCCCGGCUUCGAUCCGGAGGAGAUUAUCAUCGAAUGUAUUUCAAAUGUCUUUUGCAUUAGGAUUUUAAUGUAAAAAGUACUAAAAUUCACAAUUAUUUAUCCUGCCCACGAAUUUUAACUCACUUUUUUAAAAUUGUACGAUAACUAAA